AUGGGAAAGUCGAAGAACAACAAGAAAGUGGCAAUCGCUGCUAAACCUGUUAAUUCUACUGCUCUUACUCAGGGUCGCAUCAGUUUUUUGCAAAAAAGCCGAGCCGAAACCGCCGAAAUUCGAUCGAAAAAGGAAUCCGACGAUUUACACAGCGACACCGAGAUGGAGGAGGUCGAGAAUCCGCUGAAGUACGAUCGCAUUGUCCAGAACAUCGAUUCGUCUCAGUGGAACCUGCAAACCCUUGCCUAUCUCUGCACAAUCCACCGUGCUUGUGGUCAACGCAACAAUAAAAAAGAAGUGGUCUUUGGAAUUGAGUUGUUCUUGGCAUGGGAGAACGAGCCCGAUUUCCACUGGCCUUGGUGCGAAGGGUAUUCGGAAAAUUUCGUAGACCCUCCGGCGACUGAAUCCUGGGAGGAAGCAGCCGAGAAGCUACUACAGAUUUGUGAUGGGGAUUGGAACUUGGUCGAGCAACGCAUUGGAGCUGCGCUUGACCAAGACAUCAAGGACAAAUUUAUUGGGAACGAUCGUGAGCUAGUGGUAUAUGUACAAGGAUUAAUUCUUGGUCUGGCGGUCCAGGAUCCUUUGGUGAUUUAUCCAUUGGACGAGCCGUUGGAGGACACUACGUUUUUUAAUCGGUAUUGGAAUUUUACUUUGGAGGUCGAGCCUCGGUUACUACUGGAACUACGUCCUCUGGCUAAAGUGUGGGCCAUUGCGGUUGAACUUCUAGGCCACCAGUGGACCGACCCCGACACGACGACGGUAGUAACGGAAUUGGCUGAGCGUCGCUCAGCAGCCAAGGGCCGAAAACGUGAGCGCAAUCUGGACCCAUCAACGGAACGAAAAUCAGCUCCAAUUGACCCUUGCUCUCCGGCGCGAGGGUUCUUUCUGGAUGCCACUCCAAAACCAGUUCGCGACUCUGUUGCCCCCAAUAAGGAUGAUUCGGUAAUGAUGGACACAACGGGUCCAUCGGUAAUUAGCCCCACCAAUAAACCAGUCCACGGCGAGUUUGCUUAUUGGUCCGACAACGAUGGGUCUGAGUCCGUUGAGUCGGCAUUAGACUUUUCUGCACCAUCGAAUUGGGACCAACCUCCUACUGAAGUGGUUGUGGGGAAGUCACCUGCCCCAGCUCAGCGGGCCAACGACCCCUCGGCAACAGUAUUGAACGACUCUUUGUCGAAGACUGAGCCUCCCAACCCUCCUCGACCUUCAGCUCCUCUGUCCGUGAAGAAGCAACUCACUUAUGUUGCCGCCUCACAGAAGAAGGCUGCUAUUCGGACCAAGUACCUCUCUGAAGAAAUGAAAGCCCGUGAAGUGACACAGAUGAAUUUGACUGGGCUUCCUCGCUCGAACGCCCAGUUCCUCUGCGCUACAAUCAACUAUGAAUGGGAUGGCGACACAUCUGAAGGCGGUUCUAUUGAAAAGUGUUUCACUGAAGAAAUGGUCUCGGUUCUGUCUAUGGCUAUGGACAACGCUGAGGGCGACUUGGUCAUUCUUCCAGUGAGCGAACUCCGUGUACGGGACAAGAAGUUGUGGCUGACCUCUAAAGAGAAAGUGGAGGAGCUCACCUACAAGAAGCUCAAGCCCUACAUUGACUGGUCCUGGAAUAAUGGCGCCUGA